UGCCCCCUACAGAGUUGUGUUUUCUGGGAAUCAGCAAGUAAGAUCACAAGUGGGCUUUUCUUUUUCUUUUUUCUUUUUUAACUCUCUCCCAUAAAGAAAGCUUUAUCACGUGUGGCCUUAAACUUGCAGCAAAUUGCAAAGAAAUGGCUCAAAAGCUUCAGCUCUUUCUGUGCCCUGGGAGCUGAGAUGCACGUCAGUGGCUCUGCCAGCGUGGCCAAUUCUCUGCAGCCUGCCAAAGAGGCCAAGAGGAAACAGGAGAGAGAAGAGGUUGCCCUGGGUUGGCCCAUACCCUUCUUUUCUUUGUUUUCAUCUGCUGUCUGUCCAUCCAGGCCACCUACCUGUCAAAACUGCUCAGAGAUACUGUAGAAUUUACCUCAGGAGGGACUCCUCUGUGAGUCUCUGCAGUGUGGUCCAGCCUCUCCCUGUGCAAGAGGAUUUGAUCAUCUUAGAUCUCUAUUUCCAGGUCAAGGAAUAUUUUCAUAAUGGACACUCCAUCCAAAGAAGAUACUCAAUUAUUCUGCAAAAAUCCAGUGCACCCUGACAGGAGGCCUUCUUUGAAAACAGACUAUUCCUCCUCAGAAGAGAAACAGCCCUGUUGUGGGGAACUCAAGGUGUUCUUGAGUGCCUUAUCCUUCAUUUACUUUGCCAAAGCACUGGCAGAAGGCUAUCUGAAGAGCACCAUCACUCAGAUAGAGAGAAGGUUUGAUAUCCCCUCUUCACUGGUGGGAGUUAUUGAUGGUAGUUUUGAAAUUGGGAAUCUCUUAGUUAUAACAUUUGUUAGCUACUUUGGAGCCAAACUUCACAGGCCAAAAGUAAUUGGAGCAGGGUGCCUUAUCAUGGGAGUGGGAACGCUGCUCAUUGCAAUGCCUCAGUUCUUCAUGGAGCGGUACAGAUAUGAAAGGUAUUCUCCUUUCUCCAAUUCUACUGUAAGCAUCUCUCCAUGUCUCCAGAAGUCAAACAAUGAACUGUCAGUUUCAAUUAUGGAAAAAUCAAAAUCCAAAAUAAAUAAUGAAUGUGAGACUGAUGCCAGCUCCUCCAUGUGGGUUUAUGUUUUCCUGGGGAAUCUUCUUCGUGGGAUUGGAGAAACUCCCAUACAACCUCUAGGCAUCGCCUAUCUUGAUGAUUUUGCCAGCGAAAACAACGCAGCUUUCUAUAUCGGGUGUGUGCAGACAGUUGCAAUUAUAGGACCGAUCUUUGGCUUCCUUUUAGGCUCAUUAUGUGCCAAACUGUAUGUUGACAUUGGCUUUGUAAACCUAGAUAACAUAAGCAUUACUCCAAAGGACCCUCAGUGGGUGGGUGCCUGGUGGCUAGGCUAUCUUAUAGCAGGGAUCGUGAGUCUUCUAGCAGCCAUGCCUUUUUGGUAUUUACCAAAGAGUCUACCAAGACCUCAAAGUACAGAUGAUUCCAACUCCUCCUCUGAGAAAUCCAAGUUCAUUGUGGGUGAUCACACAGAGUACCAAGCACCCCAUGGAGAAAAAGCAAAAAUAACGGAAAUGGCAAGAGAUUUUCUUCCAUCACUGAAGAGCCUUUUUGGAAAUCCAGUGUACUUCUUAUAUUUGUGUGCUAGCACCGUUCAGUUCAACUCCUUACUUGGCAUGGUGACAUAUAAACCAAAAUACAUUGAGCAACAGUAUGGGCAGUCAUCAUCUAAGGCCAACUUUGUGAUCGGGCUCAUCAAUAUACCUGCAGUGGCCCUGGGAAUAUUUUCUGGAGGCAUCAUUAUGAAAAAAUUCAGAAUUGGUGUACAUGGAGCUGCAAAACUUUACUUGGGAUCAUCUGUCUUUGGUUACCUCCUAUUCCUGUCCCUGUUUGCACUGGGCUGUGAGAACUCUGAUGUGGCAGGACUAACUGUCUCCUACCAAGGAAACAAACUUGCCUCUUAUCAUGAACGAGAUCUCUUUUCAGAUUGCAAUUCAAGAUGCAAAUGUUCAGAGACAAAAUGGGAGCCCAUAUGUGGUGAAAAUGGAAUCACAUAUGCAUCACCAUGUCUUGCUGGUUGCCAAACCUCCAUCAGAAGUGGAAAAGCUAUUGUAUUUUAUAACUGCACCUGUGUUGGAAAUAUAACCUAUAAAUCAGGAAAUUUAUCUGGCACGGUGGGCAGAUGUCAGAAAGAUAAUGGAUGUCCAAAUAUGUUUCUGUAUUUCCUUGUAAUCUCAGUCAUCACAUCCUAUACUUUAUCCCUAGGUGGCAUACCUGGAUACAUAGUGCUCCUGAGGUGUAUUAAGCCACAGCUUAAGUCUUUUGCCCUGGGCAUCCACACCUUAGCAGUAAGAGUUCUUGCAGGAAUCCCAGCUCCUGUAUAUUUUGGAGUUUUGAUUGACACUUCAUGCCUUAAAUGGAGAUUUAAAAGAUGUGGAAAUAGAGGAUUCUGCAGAUUGUAUGAUUCAAAUGCUUUUAGACACAUAUAUCUCGGACUUACGAUGACACUGGGCACAAUGUCCAUUUUCCUAAGUAUGGCAGUACUUCUCACUUUAAAGAAAAAUUAUGCCUUAAAACACAGAAACUUCAGGACCAAGCGAGAAAAAACAAUGAUGUCUGCAAGUAUCAGGAAGGAAGUUUGUUCUACAAGUGAUCAUUUGCUAAAUUUUAACUACUGGCCAGGCAAGGAAACACAGCUCUAGAAAAAUUAUGACUUGAAGUCAUAGUGUCUGACUUCUGGAAAUUCUACACAAUAUUCUAGUUAAAUGGAUGCUUAAUGUAUAAGUUCUUUCUCCUUUCAAAAAGUCUACUUUAUUUUUGAUCCUGGAUUUUAUAUAAUGCACUUAAUAACAAAUGCAGUUGAAUAUGUUGGCUGCAGCUAAUAAAGUUAAUAUUAAGACUCUUAA